AUGCCUUCCAAGUACCGCGUUGUCACUUCGUCUACUCAUUCUUCUACUUUGGAAAGAGUUGCCGACCCAUCGGUCCAACUCUUGAAUGUUGCCAAUGAUCGGAUCAUCUCCGCCCACACCGAGGAGUGUCCCGAGAUCAUUGAUGAAGACAAUGGUUCUGCCCAUUCUGGUGACCUUACUAUAUCGUCUAACUCUGUCAGCUCCGCGUCGGUGCGCAACGACCCGGUAUCUGACGGAGUCCAACCAGAUCCGAAUCGGCAGAAGUUCAUGGUUUGA